CGUUGUCGUAUGUGUUUAUAAGCAACGCCGAACCUGGGUGGUUGCCCGUGUUGCACGGGCAUGGUUAUCACCAGGAUGUCAUAAAAAUAUAUAACAUUCCCGUAUUGUUUUUGUCAGUUUCUCGCCAGUGUUUUUGUCUUUCAGAUACUUUGUACAAUUACAGUAUAUUAUUACGUAUGUUUACCAGUUAGCGCCUCCUCGAACCUGGAAAUAUUUAUUUUAUGUUUUUUUUCGGUUAUGUUUAUUGUUUUGUUUAUCACAAUUCGGACUUCCGAACGUUUUGCAUGUUUAUGUUCCUGCUGAACAGUGAUAAUAAAUAGUUUACGAUUUCAAACACUCUGAACCGGGGAAUCGAAAUGGAGAAAGCUGGCCCUGAACCUGCUGUGACUUCACUACGCACAAGCGAUUUGCUUUUUGUUCCGUUUGGAGAACAUAUGAUUGCAAAGUAGAGAGCCCUAUUAAGUAUUACAGUAUUAAUUUUUAUCGUUUCGUAAAUUUUGUAACUUAUUAUGUGGACUGUAUAUUGAGUGGCUUCGUACAGCGAAUGGUUUGCGGACCCGUAUCUGCGGAAAAUGACAUCCACAGAGUCCCUGAAUUUGGCGGAAGCGACGAAAGCGCAGGCGUUAUGGGCGAGCGACCCAGAAUAAUGUUCAUCCUUCUCGAUCGCGCUACAUUCCAGACUAAGGAAAACGAUGUGGCCUCCAUGAUUGGUGACGUGAAUUUGGUUACUAAGCGCAACUUUGAUGCCGAAUCGUUUUUUCCUGGCGAAGUUGCUAAUGAAGAGGCUCGAGCUGAGGUGAUGUUGAUGAUAGCAGUGAUUUUGGUAGAUCCUGAUUACCGAGGUCGGAAACUCGGUAGGCAAGCGCUGCUGUCUAUCAUGAGGUUUGCCAUAGAUUCCAUGAAGGUUUCCAGUAUUGAGGCGAAUAUAUCUCAGGACAACGCGCCCAGCCUGAAACUGUUCAACAGCAUCGGCUUUGUCAUUGAGCACACAAGCGACGUUUUUGGCGAGAUCUCACUGCGGUUCGACAUCAAUAAAGAGUCAAAGACUAAGAUACGGGAUUUAACAGAUCAGCUCGAUUACCAUGUCGAGACUUUAGUCAAACACUCUAAGGAUUUACGCGUUGUGGAGCAAUAGCAAAACCUCCAUCACAGCAAGCAAGCUACAAACUGUUACGAAAAACAUGGUACUGAAAAAUGGGUAGUUGGUCCACCGCCGCUAUCUUUAUGGUCAACUUUCGGUGUCCGAAUCCCCGGAACAGUCCACACUUUCCAUGUCAUUUCGCGCAGAGUUCCGCAUCUAAACUCGGAACAACAAGAUCCAAAUUAGAGUAAAUGGAAAAGUCUUGUUGAUUGAUUUCUUGCAGAGUUUUCAUAAUAAAUUUGUUGAUUAAUAUGGUGUACAUAUACAGUACACGCUUACGUUACUGAGUCUGUCGGUAUGUCCUGUACUGUUGUGCUGGUAAAUGGUCCAUUGAUUGGUCACCAGUAUAGUAGCGGUAGCCACUGUACUGUAUAUUUUUAAUUUUAUUCCUCAAGAAACGUUUAUUAGUGUUUUUCAGCUUAAAGUUAUUCCUGCUGGACUUACAUCAUUUGCGAUACGGAUCCAUUGAAACAAUGCUUGCA